AUGGAUAAUAUUAUCGAAAUGGGGAAUCCAUCUAAUAGUACAAUUUACGGUGGAUUAAGUCAACAUAUUGAUUUUAAUUCAUUACCCGAUCCGAGUGAACGUUUUGAAUUGCAAGAUUUAAUUGGUGAAGGAACUUACGGAGAAGUUUAUGCAGCUUUUGAUAAAGAAACAGACACGCAAGUUGCUGUUAAAAUUUUAGAAAAUAUCGCUGAUAAUAUUGAAGAGAUAGAAGAAGAAUAUUUAAUUUUACGUGAUUUGGGUUUUCAUCCAAAUCUUCCAUUAUUUUAUGGUUUGUAUUUUAAAAAAAGUGACUCUUCAGACAAUCAAGAUCAAUUGUGGUUUGUUAUAGAGCUUUGUACUGGAGGAUCAGUGACGAAUCUUGUACAGGGACUUAAAAAACGCGGAAGCCGUUUAACUGAUAACCAAAUAGCAUAUAUAAUAAAAGAAACUGUAGAAGCACUUAUAUAUAUGCAUAAUAAUAAUUGUAUGCAUCGAGAUGUUAAAGGUCACAAUAUAUUGUUGACUGAAGAUGAGGGUGAACCACCUUUAUCAGAAUUGCAUCCAAUGCGUGCUUUAUUUCAAAUUCCACGUAACCCACCUCCAAGUUUAAAAAAUCCAGACAUUUAUUCCCCAGAAUUGUCUGAUUUUAUAGCUGAAUGCUUAGUUAAAGACCUUGAACACCGUCCGUACGCAACAGAGUUAAAGCAACAUCCUUUAUUAAAUGAUAUUGAUUUUAUGAUUCCGCAAAUAAAAUUAGAACUAGUUGAAGAGAUAAAAUUACAAAAAUCAUCAUCAUCAUCAUCAUUAAUAAUAAACCGUCGAAUUGAAUCAACAACAAAGCACGGAAAAUUAAAAGUAAAUCGCAAAGCGCCACCGAAAAAAAUCUACUUUGAUGAUUUAGCGGCACUGGAUUCAUUUACUGAAGAGAUAAUUGUCGAACAAUUGGAGGAAAGAUUUAAACAGGGUCAAAUUUAUACUUAUAUUGGGGAUAUAUUAGUCGCUGUAAAUCCUUAUAUUAAUCUCGGACUGUACACAGGAAUAGAACAACGUCGUUAUCGUGGACAAGCUAGGUCAGAUAAUUUGCCUCAUAUAUUCGCAGUUGCUGAUGCAGCUUACCAAGCUUUGCUCCACCAGCGAAUUAACCAAUCAAUAAUAAUAAGCGGAGAAUCUGGAGCUGGUAAAACAGAAAGUGCUAAUCUAUUGCUCAAACAAUUGGUUUAUUUAAGCAAAGCUCCCAAUCGUAAUAUUGAAGAGCAGAUACUUGAAGUUAAUCCAAUUAUGGAGGCUUUUGGCAAUGCAGCAACUGGUAUUAAUAAAAAUUCAUCUAGAUUUGGUAAAUAUUUAGAAUUAACAAUUACUAAAGGCGGUAAAGUUACUGGUGCACGAAUUGCUGUUUAUUUACUUGAACAAUCUAGGGGAUUAAAUGCUCAAGAAAAAUUAAGUGAAUAUCAUUUAUCUUCACAAAAUUUGUAUAAAUAUUUAACUUGUAAUGAAAAUGUAGAAAAUGCUCAAUUAAUUUUUGUUGAUAAGUUCAACCAAAUUAAUAAAAGCUUCAAAGUAAUUGGCUUUCAUGAAGAUCAAGUGAAUACAGUUUACAGAGUCCUUGCUGUAAUUUUAAAUUUAGGAAAUAUUGAAUUCAAAGAACAAGACUCUGAAGACAAUAAUGAUGACAAUGACGACAAUAAUAACAAAUGCACUGUUGCUGAUAUUGAACCAUUAAACAACGUUGCAGAUUUGUUAGGAGUUGAAUCUCAAGAUUUGUUAGAAACUUUUACAUCAAUAUCUGUUGUAACACAUGGAGAAACAAUAGUCCGUAACAAUACAAUCAACGAAGCACAAACAAUUCGUGAUGGGAUGGCUAAAGGAUUAUACGGACGGCUAUUCGAUUGGAUUGUUAAUCAAAUAAAUGAUUGCAUUAGUUUCAACCGUAGUUUAAAUAAAAAUUAUGAACCAUUGACAAUUAGCCUGUUGGAUAUUUUUGGAUUUGAAAACUUUUCCAAAAAUUCGUUUGAACAAUUGUGUAUAAAUAUUGCUAAUGAGCAGAUACAGUAUUACUUUAACCAGCAUAUUUUUACUUGGGAGCAACAAGAGUAUAUUGCUGAGGGAAUUCCAAUUGAUGUAAUUGAAUUCUAUGAUAAUCGUCCGGUGCUGGAUAUGUUAUUGAGCAGACCAAUUGGAUUAUUGGCGUUGCUAGAUGAAGAAACGCGAUUUCCAGGAGCUAAUGAUAAAUCCCUAAUUGAAAAGUUUCACAAUAAUAUUAAAUCACAAUUUUACAUCCGUCCAAAAUCAGACGCACUUUGUUUUGCAGUUAAUCAUUUUUCUGGACGAGUUGUGUACCAAGCUGAAGGAUUUCUGGAUAAAAAUCGCAACUUUUUAUCCCCUGAAGUUGUUCAACUUAUCCGACAAUCGCAAUUUGAUAUGAUAAGGUUCUUAUUUCAGUGUCCUAUUACCAAAACAGGAAAUUUGUAUUCAACUACAACCAUGACGAAGCGUAUUUUUAAUAAUAAAGAUGAUAGAAAUUAUUUAACCACACGUGAUAAAUAUCCAAAUCGAAUUAGUGUAUUAGCAUCGCAAUCGCGAGUUCAACAAACAGUUUCAAUUUAUUUUAGGUACUCAUUGAUGGAUCUAUUGCAAAAAAUGGUAAGUGGUACUCCGCAAUUUGUGCGUUGCAUCAAACCAAAUGACCUAUCAAGCCCCCAAUUGUUUGACAAUGAAAAAGUAAUCAAACAAUUACGUUACACUGGUGUUCUUGAAACAAUCCGAAUAAGACAAAAUGGAUUUUCCCAUCGAAUAUCAUUUGCUGAUUUUUUAAAACGCUAUUGCUUUUUGGCAUUUGGAUGGGAUGAAACAGUUUUAGCUAAUCGUGAUAAUUGUAGAUUGUUAUUAAUACGUCUAAAAAUAGACGGUUGGGCUUUAGGUAAGACAAAAGUAUUUUUAAAGUACUAUCAUGUUGAAUUUUUGUCUAAAAUGUAUGAAGAGCAAUUGAGAAAAAUAGUUAUGGUACAAGCUUGGGUAAGAAGGUGGUUGGCUAAAAUUCAUUAUAGAAAAGAAAAAUGGCAAUUGGCGUGCUCAGUUGUUACAUUGCAACGGCAUAUAAGAGGGUGGUUACUGAGGAAACGGUUAACUGAAGCUGUUAUAUCAAAUGAGAGUCAAGAUCAAGAUAGUCGUGUUAGUACGCCUAUUCAUCAAGCGGAAAAUUUAGCUAAGCGGACUAUUCAACCUUUAAAAGAUAGCGAUGAAAAUAUUGAUACAGAUUUGCCAAAAAUGAAUCAAGAUAAUGCUGCUGUUAUUAUCCAAAGUAACUUCCGGGGAUACACCAUCAGAAAAAAAUUCGGGUCGGAGCUUGAACAGAAAUUUAAAGAAAUAUUGAAUAAAUAUGAUAAAAAAUCGGAAGCACGAGAAGCAUUAAUUAAUGAAGGCGUCAGUAAAGAAGAUGCUAUUUUAAUUGUUCAUAGAUGGUACAAGCGUGAAGUUUAUAAUCAGAGAAAAUCAAUUAUUGAUCCUAUUCAUCCUAAAUUAAGACAGGCUGAGCUUAUUCAAUUUUCACAAAAUAUUCAUAUGAAGAAUCAACAAAUUCAUAAAUAUUUACGGCGCAAUAAACCGGGAUUAAGAUUAGCUGAAAUAGAACAGCUACCUGAAGAUUAUGAGCGGCCUGAUGGAUUUAAAAUAGUUGAAAAGAUAAUGGAGUAUCGUGAUGAUAGUCAACUAGAAAAUGACGAUGAUGAUACUGUUAAAUAUUAUAAAAAUUUAAAAGAUGAAAUGAGCAGUGGUUCGGAAUUCGAAGAAGACGAAGCUGGUUGGGACUCACCGCUGAUACAGCUGGAAAAUGACCUUCACCCUACAUCGAGUCGUCCAGCUCAAGUCUUCUUAGAAAUGAAAUCAGAACGAGAGGAUCGAAUAAAAUCCCAAGGCGACUACGCGAUAGCACCGGAACAACAGCUUUCCGAUAUUUGGCACAAAGCCCUGAGACAACCACCUCCGACAAUAGGAAAUUCUGGAAAUUCUAUAAGGUUUUCACUAUUUGUUUGA